AUGCAAUCCUUGGCCGCUUUCAUGUUGACACUUAUUAGACAAUACGAGAAAAGCAAUUCUGACAUGUGGAUGAGCAUUGGAUUGCUUAUGAUCGGAGCAGGAUUUCAUAUUCUGCCAUUCCGUCCGUCCGUCCGUCCACUGCUUGAGAAUAGUAAAAACAAUACACGACAGGACACCGAGGGUUAUUCUCACCAUGAUAUAUUUUCACCGCCUAAAUCAGACUGUUACUUAGAAUUACAUAACCGAAACCGUCUUCAGUAUCAGUAG